AUGACAAAUAUGGAAUAAAUCAAAUAUGCUCAAUGGUAAGGCGAAUAUGGAGAGAAUAAUAGGAAAAAUGGAUAUUGGAGAGUUAUUUGGAGAGGGAAGCCUUUGAGAAGAGUUGGCGGUUACUAUCUGAAUGGAUUAAAGUAAGGAAUUUGGAAUGAAUUAAAUAAGAAUUUUUGGAUGUAAGUAAGAAAAAAUUAAAUUAAUACAUAGAUUGGCUCAAAUAUAGGAAAGUGGAUAAUAUUUUUAAGGUUAAAAAAAUGGUGAAUGGAUAUAUUUUUUUGAUGAUAAGAAAAUGUAUUCGAUAUAAAUAAACUGAUUAGCGGAGGUGGAUCAUACAAUUAGUCAGGCUAAAAAAAUGGCAAAUGGAUAGAAUUAGGGGAUGUAUUUUAUAAUCAUUCAUAAGUAACAUAUGAAGGAGAAUAUAAAAAUGGAAAAAAAAUUGGUUUAUGGGAUAUAUGGUUUAAAAAACAUAUUGUAGGUAAAUAAAAUUACAUGAUGUAUAUAUUUAAUAAAAUGAUUAGUGGUGGUGGAUCAUAUGACUAAGAAGAUUAAAAUAAAAUUGGGAAAUGGAUUGAGUUGAGCGAUGGAUUUUAGGAAUUUUGUUAGGUAACUUGUUCUGGUGAAUAUAAAAAUGGUAAAAGAGUUGGUUAAUGGAGUAUUUGGUAUAAAUAUUGGGAAACAAAUAAUAAUGAAGUAAUGUAAUAUUAUAAUUAAUCUAUUUUUAGUGGUGGAGGUUUUUAUGAUGAAGAAGGUUCAAUGAAAAUUGGGAGAUGGAUUGAGUUAAGUGAUGAGUUUAAAUGUGAUUUAUAAAUCACUAUAAAUGGUGAGUAUAAUAAUGGUAAAAGAGUUGGGAUAUGGUAAAAAAUAAAUAUUCAAAAUAAUAAAAUAUAUAGCCAAAUAAAUUAUGAUAAAUGA